AUGGGAUCAGACCCUCAGUACGCCAAGUGGCCGUUGCUGCCGCUGUCGCAGCAUGUCUUUACCCUUACCAACGCCUACGCCACCAAGACUGCUCAACAAGCGGCCGUCAAGGCCCUCCAGGACGCCAUAGCCGAGCACAAGAUGGCCCCGUUCUACCGAUACCUGGCACACCCAAUCGACGGCAUCCUCAACGCCGUCGGCGAAGGCGGCUCCUCGGGGCCCGGAAAGCCGCUGAGCAGGAAAUCCAGCCUGGUGGGCAUGGUUGCAACGAGGGCGUCUGCCGCGAGCGUGAGCCUGCCCUGGGACGAGGCGCUCUACUCGGGCCUGAAGGAGAGCAACGACAAGGAGCUCGCCGAGUUUCAAAAGGAGGAGGACGAUGCGCUGGAGCAGGCUGGCGAUACGGAGGUCAUGGCCGCCAAGGGCAAGAGAGCAGACUUUUGGGCCCGCGUCGGUGACAAGGACAAGGCAAUUGCCGUCUACGACGACGUUUUCGACAAGACGGGUGUUUUGGGCACCAAGAUCGACCUCGUGCUUGCCAUCAUCCGCAUGGGCCUGUUCUACGGAGACAAGGCCCUGGUGAAGAAGCAGAUUGAGCGAGCCAAGACGCUCGUCGAGUCUGGCGGGGACUGGGACCGUCGAAACCGCCUCAAGGCUUACGAAGGCCUGUAUCUUCUUACCGUCCGCUCCCACAACCUCGCCGCGCCGCUUCUCCUCGACUCCCUCUCCACCUUUACCAGCUACGAGCUCUGCACCUACUCCAACCUCGUCGUCUACUCGGUCCUAGCCGGCUCGGUCUCCCUCAAGCGCGUUGAUUUCAAAUCCAAGGUGGUCGACGCGCCCGAGAUCAAGGCCAUCCUGGGGGACGGCGAGGACAAGCUGCUGGCUCUCAGCGGAGCCCUGAGCGCCGGCCCAGGCGCCGACGACAGCACGGGCAACCUGGCGCCACAGGCUGCCACAACAACAACAACUGCCGUCAACUUGACCACCUUGGGGUCGAGUACGGACCAGCCCGAGGCCGAGACGGCCGUCGACUUUAGCCCGCUGGCCUCGCUGGUCAGCAGCCUGUACAAUGGAAACUACAAGACCUUUUUCCAGUCCCUGGCGUCGGUCGAGGAGGAGUUCCUGAACCAGGAUCGCUUUCUGCACGAGCACAGGAACUGGUUCAUCCGCGAAAUGCGACUGCGUGCCUACCAGCAGCUGCUCCAGAGCUACCGCGUUGUCGGGCUCGAGAGCAUGGCCAACGACUUUGGCGUCACUGUUGACUUUCUCGACCGCGAUCUUGCUCGGUUCAUUGCCGCUGGCCGCAUCCCUUGCACCAUCGAUCGAGUAAGCGGCAAGGGAGUCAUCGAAACCAAUCGGCCAGACGACAAGAACAAGCAGUACCAGGAUGUUGUCCGUCAAGGGGACCAGCUGAUUACGAAGCUGCAAAAGUACGGCCAAGCCGUGAGACUGCGCGGCAGUGAGAGAGCAUAG